GGAAGACCGGAUAUAGUGAAUGCAGGGUCCGGGGAGACCGGAUAUAGUGAAUGCAGGGUCCGGGGAGAGCGGAUAUAGUGAAUGCAGGGUCCGGGGAGAGCGGAUAUAGUGAAUGCAGGGUCCGGGGAGAGCGGAUAUAGUGAAUGCAGGGUCCGGGGAGACCAGAUAUAGUGAAUGCAGGGUCCGGGGAAAGCAGAUAUAGUGAAUGCAGGGGUCCGGGGAGAGCGGAUAUAGUGAAUGCAGGGUCCGGGGAGACCGGAUAUAGUGAAUGCAGGGUCCGG